GUGCUGAAGGGCUUCCCCGAGUGCCUGCAGGCCGACAUCUGCCUGCACCUCAACCGCAGCCUGCUGCAGAGCUGCCGGCCCUUCCAGGGGGCCAGCAAGGGCUGCCUGCGUGCCCUGGCCAUGAAGUUCAAGACCACGCAUGCCCCGCCCGGCGACACGCUGGUGCACGCCGGCGACGUGCUCACUGCGCUCUACUUCAUCUCCCGCGGCUCCAUCGAGAUCCUGCGCCGCGACAUGGUGGUGGCCAUCCUCGGGAAGAACGACAUCUUCGGGGAGCCACUGAACCUGUACGCGCGGCCAGGCAAGUCCAACGCAGACGUGCGGGCUCUGACCUACUGCGACCUUCACAAGAUCCAGCGGGAGGAGCUGCUGGAGGUGCUGGACAUGUACCCCGAGUUCUCCGACCGCUUCUGGGCCAGCCUGGAGAUCACCUUCAACCUGCGGGAC